AAGGUAACUGGAACUUCAACAGAACGUUCAUUGGACUUAGGGAGCUUGAGAGUCAUGAGGGUGUCCACACGUGCAAAUUGAAAAUGAGCAAAACAAGUGCAGUUAGUGUCAAGUGGACACAGAAAUAUUAGAAAGUUUGUCUUUAUCCUUUGUUAAUUUCUUUGUCUUUUCAAUGUUUUUAAUUUAUUGACUUUUUGGGCCACCAGUUAUUUGUGAAAGUAUUAGAAAUGUUUCUCCAUAAAUAGGAUCGUAGAAUCUUGAAUUGUGGCACCAAAAAGAAGAGAAAGACAGUAUAUGCAAUUAAUGGAUCCAAAUCUUUUAGAGGCAAUAAGGGGAAAUGACAUUCCCACAUUUACCAGUUUGGUCCAGAAAAAUGAAAAAAUUCUCGAUCAACGUGAAGCCGUAACCAAGAAUUCUGUUCUGCACCUUGCUUCGAAGUUUGGACAUACUGAAAUGGUGUCCAAUAUUCUCAUCUUGCGCCCUGACAUGGUUUCUGCCGAGAAUAAGGACCUCGAGAGCCCAGUACAUGAAGCUUGUCGCAUUGGGAAUGAAAAGGUCUUAAAGCUGUUAUUGGAGUCCAAUCCUGGGGUAGCCAAAAAGGCCAACGCAGCAAACAAGACUGCCCUUUUCAUAGCUUGCAGGUACGGCCAUCUUGAUGCGGUGAAUCUCCUUUUGGAUCAGCCUGGCAUACCGGUACUUGGGAAGGAUGGUUUCGAUCAAACUUGUAUCCAUGUCGCGGCAUCAGAAGGACACACUGAUGCUGUUAGAGCUCUACUAAACGUAAACCCUGACUUAGCUCAAAAGGUUGAUGAAAAUAGAAAUUCUGCAUUGCAUUAUGCCACUGAAGGAGGACACAGGGAAGUAACAUGGAUGCUGCUAAAGUUUGAUGCACAACUUGCUCAUAAAUACAACAACCGCGGUUACACACCGUUGCACUUGGCAGCAAUAAAUUACAAAGUGACAGUACUUGAAGGGUUUGUUCUGAUGGCUUCAGCAUCUUUUCAAUGUCUCACAAAUGAGGGAGAGACAGUAUUUCAUCUGGCUGUGAAACAUGGCCAAUAUGAUGCUUUGGUAUUCUUGACUCACGUUUGCAAUGGGAUGAAUUUCUUUCAGUGUCAAGACCGGCAUGGUAACACCAUCUUGCAUCUUGCAGUUUCUCUAGGACAUCAUAAGAUGGCAGAGUACUUGAUCAGCAAAACAAAGAUAGAUAUUAAUUCUCGAAACUGUAAAGGACUCACAGCACUUGACAUCCUUGACCAGGCCAAGGAAAGUGCAGAAAACAAGCAUCUUGAAGCCCUGUUCAAUAGGGUCGGUGGAAAAAGGAGUAUUCCAUUGCUAUCUGGUGCACCAAAAGUCCAACGAACCAAUUUUCCUCCUGUGCCAUUCCUUGAAAAGAUACCACAAAGGACUAGAUUUGCUGACGGGAUUGAAAUGCAUAUCCAACCUAGGAAUUCUCCAUGGCAGACUCGCAUAGAAGAUGAAUGGCGCAUGUCUAGUGAAUUAGCUUCUCCUUCAAGCAAGGCACCAUCUUGUUUGUCAUCUCCCCAGUCUAGAAAGUCGUCUAGUCUUUCAUCACCUCAGUCUAGAAAGUCUUCUUUUUUAUCAUCACCAGAAUCCAGAACUAUAUCACCUCAGCAUCAGGUUGGAGAGGAAUCUAACAAUGGACCACCAAGUCCAGACUCCUUGCUGCCAUCCAACUUGAGACAGCACGAAGGACUCCCCAAAAGGCCCCUGGAAGAAAUGAGGGGACUUUUUUAUAGUAACCCAAGAAACGUGCUGCCUAAGGUAUAUGCAGAAGCACUACAAAAUGCAAGGAACACUGUUACACUGGUGGCUAUUUUGAUUGCAACAGUUACUUUUGCUGCUGGUAUCAGCCCUCCUGGUGGUGUGUUUCAGGAAGGAUCAAUGAAAGGGAAGUCAAUGGCGGGCAACACAACAGCCUUCAAGGUAUUUGCAAUAAGCAACAAUAUUGCGUUGUUCACAUCUCUCUGCCUAGUUGUUGUUCUUGUGAGUGUCAUACCAUUUCGGAGAAAGGCACAGAUGAGACUUCUUGUGGUGGCUCACAAGGUCUUGUGGGUAGCUGUUGCAUUCAUGGCAACAGCUUUUGUUGCAGCCACCUGGGUGAUCGUGCCGCAUGGUGAGGGCUCAGAUUUGGUUUUUGUGGUCCCACUGGCAGUAAGUGGUGACACUCUGGGAAUACUAUUCAUUAGUCUUGGGGUGAUGCUUGUUGAGCACUGGUUGAAGAAACUGAAGUGGAGGAAGGGAAGCAGAGAAAGAGGGGGAAGAUCAAUAGACCCUGAAAUAGGAAGCGAAAACUCAGAUGUUGCCAGCUCCUUUAAUAAAGGUUAUCACUCAUAUUGAAUGUUAAAUGACUAAUUAGACGCACUUGAUUCUCUAUUAUUCUUUAUUAUUUGAAUUGUUAGUUUAAUAGGCUGAGGCUAGUACUUUUGCCCUCGGUCUUCUGUUUUUUAUCCACUCUUUUCUGCUUCCUUUUGAAACCUGUAACUCUUCCCUGGUA